AUGUCAGAUACACAAUUACCUUCACGGCCUGUCAUAGAGCCGCGGGUCUACGAAGGUAAAUUGGCGAUUAUAACCGGAUCCGCCAGAAGUAUUGGUGCUGGAAUAGCUAGAAAGUUAGCCAGCAAAGGCUGCAAUAUCAUUAUCAACUAUGCCACUACCGCCUCCGACACGGCAGCAGCUACUCUCAAAGCCGAACUCGAGUCGACACAUUCCAUAAGAGCAACCACUGUUCGGGCAGACAUCAGUACCUCGUCUGGUUGCGAGCAGAUUAUCGCUGCCGCCAAAGAAAAUUUCACAAAUCCUAUUACCGGAGCACUGCAGAUCGACAUCCUGGUGCACAAUGCCGCAGUAUUAUAUGUCGGGCCCCUUGAAAGUGUCAUAGAGAAAGAAUUCCACCAUAUCUACGCUGUAAAUGUGCUAGGUCCAACACUAUUGACAGCAGCUUGCAAGCCAUUUUUACCAACUGAUCGGUCCGGCCGCAUUGUGAUGAUGUCUAGCAUCAAUCCCAAGAUCGGAACGCCAAACACGACCUUGUACUCGGGGACGAAAGCGGCGAUGGAAGCGAUGACUCGUGUCUGGGCCAGAGAAUUGGCAGAGAAUGCCACAGUUAAUGCUAUCAAUCCCGGACCUGUGAUGACUGACAUGUAUUUGUCUGCUCCGGAGGAAGUCAAACAAGGAUUGGCGUUAUGGAAUCCAUUGACGCCAUUGGCCCCUGUUAGAGAAACAGAUAGCCCGGAAGUCAAAGAGUUAGGUGAGCGGCUGGGCGGCAGAGCGGCUUAUGAUCAUGAGAUUGCAGGCAUGAUUGCAAUGAUCUGCGAUCCAGAUUCAUCGUGGAUGACGGGGAGUCUUUUGAGUGCUAAUGGUGGACUAUCUUUUAGUAUGUGA